AUGCCUGUUUUUAGACCAUACGGUGGAGAAGAUCUUCGUCUAGUAAGUGAUCUAUCUCGAUUUGAUUAUGAGCAAGGUCAUCCUCAAAAGAUUCGAAGUAGAAACGCAACCCCAACUGACCCUUCAAGUAAGAUAACAGUGAAUACUAUAAUUCCAUUAUAUUCAACCAAGAUUGAAGAUGGCAAUGAAUACAAUGCAUUACCUGAUAAGGAUCUACCACCUGAACCACAACCAGGAAUGCAUCCUUACAAAAUGAUGAAAGUUCAUUAUACACCUCCUCCUACUAUAGCGAAUAAGCCAUCAAUACCUCAAAUACAAGUACAGAAAGUAAGACAACCAAAGAUGAUAUCUGUAGGUGUUCAAGUAACUCCCAAGACCCAAGAUCCUACACCCAAAUCGCCAACCCAAAUUGUAACUGUUCCCAAGGAUGGAAUAAUAUCUAAUGAAUUACCAGCCAUGUUACAACCAACUGAUGUACUUGGAGGUUCAACAAGACUGAGUAUCUCAUCUCGCCAAAAACAAUUGGAACAUGAUUUAAUCAAGAAUGUUAUGAAUCGACCAUUACUUAAAAUUAAAGCUGAUAGAUUUGGACCUGAUUGGGAAGAUAAAUAUAUUGUUAUCUCAACUAAUUUCUUUUUAUAUUUAUUAGAAGUUAGUUCCUCAAUUAUUGAAAUUGUUAUAGCUUCAAUCUUAUUGGAUCAAGAUUAUUUUAUAUCGAAAAAUAUUUAUCGAUAUUUCAUUGCUGAUGGGGUUUUGACAUUGAUUAUUGCCUUGAUGUUAAUUUGUCGAUUAUUGGAUUUUGAGAAGAGAAAUGGAAGUUUUUAUUGUUUAGCGGCAACAAUUAUGAAAUUCGUAUCAUUUAUCCUAAUCAUAUCAACUGUUUUCCCACAAGCUUCAUAUCCAACUCGAGAAGAUUGGCAUCUUAGAAGAACAGUUGGGGCAUUUAUAAUCAUAUCUACGUUCCUUUGGGUUAUGAAUUUGAUAAUGUUUUUGACUACCUUGUAUAUUUCAAGAUUGAAUCUAUUGGAAGAUUUGAACUUUGAUUAUAGUACUAAAGGGUUAAGUGAUGAAUUUAAUAAACCUAAAAAGGACAGAAAGAAACUGGAACCAAAGGCUGAAGAACAAUUACAAGAAUUCUUUUUGAAUGAAAAUGGUGAAAUGUAUGCAUUGACUGAAGAUUGGGAAAAGGAACAAUAUAAAACGCAUAAUAAGAUCUUAGUAUAUACCUUUUGA